UUCAUUCGUACUUCCUGGAUACGCGUUUAGAAAAAAAAACACACGGUUGGAUUACAACGUUUGAUUUAACCGGUGUCUUAUUUACGCAAACGAUGACGAAACGCUGCAGCGAUAAAAUCCGAGUUUAAGGUCAAGAAACUACCGAUGAUAACGUAAAAUAGUGCCGGGAGGCGGAGGGCGCAGAGAGCGAGCGCCACGUCACUGAAUUGCUGGGUUGCGAGAGGAAAACAGAAAACACAAACCCGGAUUAUAGUCCGGUCUAGUCCGACCCUAACAUCCAGGACCAGAGUCAGUAUACUACCGCUGCUGCUGCUGUUUGCCUCUGGACUGUUUCAUUUUCUCCCGCCGGGUUUGGACCAGACUAAUGUCCAAGAUGACGGCGUCCAACUCUGGACUCAUCAUGAACGUAGUAAACAGCAUCGUGGGAGUCAGUGUACUCACCAUGCCCUUCUGCUUCAAACAGUGUGGAAUAGUGCUGGGCACGUUGCUCUUGUUCUUCUGUUCCUGGAUGACUCACAAGUCUUGCAUGUUCCUGGUUCACACGGCCAGCAACACCAAGCGCAGGACUUAUGCCGGACUGGCCUUCCAUGCUUAUGGGAAAGCGGGAAAAACUCUGGUGGAGACAAGUAUGAUUGGACUCAUGUUGGGGACGUGUAUCGCCUUCUACGUCGUCAUCGCAGAUUUGGGCUCUAAUUUCUUCGCUCAGCUCUUGGGUUUACAGGUGACGUUCAGUUUCCGCGUGGUGCUGCUCAUCGCCGUGUCCCUCUUCAUCGUGCUCCCGCUGAGUCUGCAGAGGAACAUGAUGGCCUCCUUGCAGUCCUUCUCCGCCAUGGCUCUCAUCUUCUACACCCUCUUCAUGUUCACAAUGGUGCUGUCCUCGUUCAAACAUGGGCUGCGCAGCGGUUUGUGGCUAGGGCAAGUCAAUGUGGUUCGCUUGGAGGGCGUGUUUCGCUGUCUCCCAAUCUGUGGGAUGGCCUUCGCCUGUCAGUCGCAGGUGCUGCCGACCUACGACAGCCUGGACGAGCCGUCCGUCAAACGCAUGAGCACCAUCUUUACGUCGGCCCUCAACGUCGUCACCAUCUUCUACAUCACAGUUGGCUUCUUUGGCUACGUCAGCUUCACGGACGUCAUUGCGGGCAACGUGCUGAUGAACUUCCCGUCCAACCUGGUGACAGAAAUGAUCCGCGUGGGCUUCAUGAUGUCCGUCGCCGUGGGAUUUCCCAUGAUGAUCCUGCCGUGUCGCCAGGCCAUCAACACCAUGCUCUUUGAGCAGCAGCAGAAGGAUGGGACGUUUGCCGCCGGGGGAUACAUGCCUCCUCUGCGCUUCAAGAUGAUCACCCUCUGCAUCGUGUUUGGAACCAUGCUGGGAGGCAUUCUCAUUCCCAACGUGGAAACCAUCUUGGGUCUGACUGGAGCCACCAUGGGCAGUCUCAUCUGCUUCAUAUGCCCCGCCCUCAUCUUCAGGAAAAUCCAGAAGAACAGCAUCCUCGCGCAGCUGGUGCUCUUUGUGGGUCUGGGGAUCCUGAUCAUCAGCACCUUUACCACUCUCUCAAUAUCGGCGAGCAGCCCCGCUGUCAAAACCCCGGCCCUCACACCGACACCUGUCAAGGACAACGUGCCGCUCCCGAACCCCCACGAACCGCACGACAAUCCUGGAAACAAGAAGUCAGUGGACAUGGAAAAGCCUGACCUCCCCGGUGACGCAGCGGCUCAGGCUGGGGAGAGGAACCAGGGUGAGGCGCCUCAGAUUAAAGGGCCGGUGGAAGGUCCUGAGGAGGAGGAGCAGAAGAAGAAGAAGAAGGAGGGAGAGGAGGAGGCACAGCUGGACCGUCCUGAUGCUGGUGUGGCCGUGCCAGAGGGAGAAGCCCACAGACACGAGCCGCCCAUUCCUCAUGAUGCGGUCAAAAUAGACACGAGAAAAAAGGCCUUGGGAGGAGAUGAAGAACCUGAAGGAGACGGGGAGCACGUGAAGGCAGACGACGCAAAGGGAGCCGAACAAAAGCCCGCUGACGCCGGCAUGAGGAAAGAGGAGGUGGAUUUGGGUGGAGGUGAAGUUCUCUCCAAUGAGAUAGUGGACAACGCAGAGGCAGAGAAAAAGCAGGACGUGAAGGAAGCGGUGAAGGUGGAUCACGUGAAAGCUCCCGUGGUGGACAAUGAUGAGGUGGGGGCUGUGAAAGUGGAGAACAAAGCUCCAGAGGCUCCAGAGAAACCUCCGCUUCCUGAAGAAGAACAUCGUCCUGUGGCAGACGGCGCUGCAGCUGCAGACAACAAAGACACAGCGGAUGAAAAGAUGGAGGUGAUAAAAAAGUUGGUUGCAGAGGGCCAGAUCGACCAUGUGGUGCUGCUGCAGGUGAUCAAGGAGCAACAGGAGCAGCAGAAGAGGCUUCUGGACCAGCAGGAGAAACUACUGGCCGUCAUAGAAGAGCAACACAAGGAGAUCCACCAGAAACAGCCCGGUGCUGCUGAAGUUGAGGCAGAGAAAGGCAUCCAGGAGCAUGUGGAGGUGAUGGAAGGUGGAGGAGCAAAGGCCAAAGAGUCUGGACUGGCCUCAGACCUGAAGGAGGCAGCCGGAGCCGGAGCUGGCGCUGGAGCUGGGGUUGGAGCUCCACAGGGUGGUGUGGCUGUGGAUCAGAAUGAAGCCCAUGAUGGGGAUAACGCAGCACAGGCUAAAGUAGCUGCCCCAGUACCCUACAAGGAAGAUUUUAAUGUUGCACCUGGAGGAGAAUCUCCCCUCCAGAAUGAGGUGGGAGCGCGGGGAGUGCCACUGGCAAAGAUGAGACCGGAACCUGAAAACAAUCUGGUGGAGCAGCUCAAGAGCGAAGAAAAAAGCCUAGAAAUGGAAAACAAGAAGAUUAACAAAGAGAUUAAGGCAAGACUGGGAAACGAAGUUGUGAAUGAGGUCAAAGAGAAGGAAAGGAUAGAGAAAGAAGUGCAGGCGCUGGUGGAGAGAGAGCGGCUAGACAGAGAGGAGAGAGAGAAGCUUGCCAAAGCACAAGAGCUGGAGAAGGAGAAAGCAGAGAGUGAGAGGAUAGAGAGAGAGGUGCAGGCAAGGGUGGAGAAGGAGAGGCUGGAAAGGGAGGAGAGGGAAAGGAUUGCUCAAGCACAAGAAAUGGAGAAGGAGAAAGCAGAGAGGGAGAGGAUAGAGAGAGAGGUGCAGGUGAGGUUGGUGAAGGAGAGAGCUCAGAAGUUAGAGGAAGCAAAAAGAGAGAAAGCUGCAGGAGAGUCUCUCCAGCAGGAGAAAGAGAGAGUAGACAAAGAAAUAGUCGCAAGAGCGCAAAAAGAACAGGCGGCAGAGGAGGCUCGGGAGAAGCUGGACGAGCUGAAGCGAGUCGUAGAGGCCCAGAAAGCGGCACAGGAGGCUGAGAGAGAAGACGGCGAAGCUUUGAAGAACGGUGGACGAGACCUCAAAGAGAGCGUUGCUGCCGAUGCGGACCCUGGAGAAGGCGCGGAAGACAGAGCUGUCAGAGCCGAGAUGAACCCUCAGGGCUCCCACGAGAAGGUCAGGGAACAGGGAGAGACGGAUCUGAGGAGGAGGCGCAGGGAGCUGGGACCUAAAGAGGCUGGAGGGCCCCCGGAGGAGACCGGGGCGUCCAGGGGGGUUCACGGCCUGGAGCCCCUGCUGGAGCUGGGGGGCUCCAACCUGCACGUUGCCCUGGAGGAGCGGCUGCUGGCCGGGGCCAUGGUGCACUCACGGCAGAUUAAACAGGCCCCAGAGGACGAGGCAGCGAAAUAACACAGACGCUCUUCGUUAAAACCUGCAGGACCUUCUUUCACCGUGGACCAUAAUAUUAAUGUUGCCUUACAUUCUUUUUCCUCUCUGUCCUUUGCUGGACAAAGAGGAACGGUUUCUCUUUCUUGAAACUGUGUGCUCUAGAAAUAACCAAAGUCUUUAUUGAAGUGUAAAUAUUAACUUAUUUUCGUUUUGUGGCAGAGAAUUGUAUAUAAAUCUAUGCAAAUACCAUAGACCAUAUAUUAAAAAAAGAAAGUGGAAGUAGUCUUGUGGGUUUGCAAUUUGACCAUGUCCGUUUUUUUUUAAACUGGACGAUACCAGGAUGAUGCCAGCUGUCAAUCACACUAGUGUCCACUCAUAUUUAUCAACAAUUUUCCUCCAAACAGGAGGAUAAUUUCCAAAAUUGACAUUAUGAGCCGGGACUAGUGAUAUAGACCAUUAACUCCUCAGGAAAGUGUUUACUGAUGUUACAAAUAAAGUGGAAAGCAUUUAUUCAUGAGGACUGGGUUAGUGUCAGAGCUGCCUUUAACUUUUUUUCACGUACAAUGCCGCCCCCCAGUGGCUGACCACUCCACCCGUUCCACUCUCUUGGCUUCAAUUUUCAAAACCCACAAAAGCUACGUCCAUUUUAUACAGUCUCUAUAAUGUGUGGAAUGUUUGGAAAAAAGCAUAUAUUUAAAUAUUGUUCGUUUGUGGGUCAUUUAAAUGUGUUUUGUAGACACCGUCCUCCUCCACCGUGUCUGUGCUUCAUUGUGAGUCGUUUUCCGAAAGAUCAUGGUAUUUUUUCUUCAUUUCUCAGGUGUAAAUAUUGUAAAUCCGUUGUGUUUUAAUUGUGAAACCGUGUCAAGGGUGUUUCUGAACCUCCCCAAUUCCCCCCCACACAUGUUGGAUGUAUUGUGGAUCCAGGACCUUGUUUUUACUUUCAAAUGAAAGUCACCUUAUUUAACCUCAUGCUGGAGUGACAAGGUCAACAGAGAAGCCUUAUUAACCUUUUGUCCACUUUGAUAAAACUGUGUACCAUGAAGCAGCUCGGUCCAGAAUGUCUGGAUCACUUGCUCCCAUCCCAUUUCUUAGUGCCUUAAAGUCCAUGUGAUGCAGCAGUGACCAGAACAAAAAUGUGGCAGUUUUUUUUCCCUCUUUCUCUUGCACACGACCGUAACUGUAAACGGUAGUCAGAUUGUUUAUACACGCACGCACGCACGCACACACACACACACACACAAGAUUUGUACAUUGUGUUGAGGACAGUGGAAUGAAAAUAUGUGACGUAUAUGUUUGUAAUUUUCCUCUCGGACCGUUGCUUUGUACAAGAGGCUAUUUUUCUAUGUGCAUUGGUACAUUCUGGUGAUGAGAUUAAAGUGAAAGAUGUAAUGCAA